CCCCCCCUUUUUUUUUUUUUCUUUAUUCUGAAUCCGGCUCAAGCCUGUGAACACUUUGUACCAUGGCGAGCUCGAGGCACGCGGGGGCCAUCACCGAGCUCGACUUGAGCACUUGUCAGCCCAGCAGCCUUGCGACCAAGGUCGUAACGGCGGCGGUGCCCGGCCUGAAAACCAGUGCUGCCUUCUUGACCUUCCUCCGCGCCAACCUUGUCCUCUUGGACACGACAGUACCCUCUAAUGCGCCGACACCGACUCUCGGGCCACAAUGGCACACACUCCCGCCUGUCUUCCCGUCUUCCCUCCCGGCCAGCCGGCCUGGAACUGCUCACAACGAUGACAUCCCCCCGCUCUCCCUCGAGAUCUUGACUGCCCGGGAGGACAAAGCGGCCGCCCUCAAGCUGAUCGCCGACAGCAUCGCCCAGCAGCACCAGCGGGCCACGUCACACCUCGCAUUGCACCCCCUGCCACUUGCCGCCAUACUGGGCGUUCUCGCGGUCAUUUACCGCUAUGCUUGGUCCGAGAACGCGCAGGGCGACCUCGGCACUGUCGCCGUGCUCGCCGGCAGCGCCAUCGUGACCUACCUGAUGGUCAUCCGCGUCCUCGCAUCGGGCUAUCUACGCGCGGCGAAAGGGAUUUCGUGGGACUACCUCGCCGCGGGCCGGGGCGGGGACGAAGAAGAUAUUGUCCUCGGCGCGCGCCACGGAUCCGACAUUGUCGGCGCGCUGGUGCUCCGACUGGAACGCCCUGGUUCCUCCUGGCCGGACGGCUGCCACGGCGGCCACGGCGGAAGCAGCCGGAGGAAGGCGCACAGCCGGCAAAACAGUUUCAAGCUCAAGGGCGGGCGGGGCGUGAUCCGCGCGUGGACCACGCAGCUGCGGUACCGGGGCAGAGGCUUGGGCGCGGACCUGCUCCACGAAGCGGUGCGCAUCACACGUGAGCGGUGCGGCAAGGAUGCUGAGGUCGGCUUCGCCAAGGAGCAUGCCAAUAGUGUCAUGGUGCUGCCGGAGAUGUUUAACAGGCCGUUUAGGAAGAGCGAGAUGCAGGCCGCGCGGGCUCUGGAGAAGAUCUUGGCCGAGUGGGAUGGGCGGAGAAGAUGAGCCUAGGCAGGCCGUUUUUUUUGGAUGCCCACGAAUCCCAUUUUUAUGGCGGAGACACAUGGAAUUCAUGUGGUGAUAUGGCUGAAUAGUUUUUAUCGCGUCUGGCUUGGUU